GAGCGCAGCUUGGUUGAACCCCUGGUCCAUCAGGCAAAGCUGGUCCCUACCCUCUGAUUCCCCUCACUCUGCAGAGGGGGAAGUUCGCUCGGUGACUCACCACUUUCGAUUGUGCCAUCCAGCCUCCUCUGCCCUCCUCUCUCGAUUUCACCAGGGAGAAUGCGGAGCCGGGUGAACAGUCUGCUCUUCUGGGGCAUUUUUUCGUCCGUGACAUUUCAAAAAUAUGCACUGGACUGUGGGAUAAUGAAAUCAAACAAAUUCCCUUCUCCAACUUUGAAAGCAGAAACCACAGUGGUCACAAAGGGUCAAAAUGUAUCUCUGUUUUGUUCCCACAAGAACAAAUCACUGGAAAUCACCUAUUCGCUGUUUUUGAAUAAGACCCUUGUGGGUGACAAGACUGGAAAAGUGGACCGCAUGGUUUUUCACAGAAUCAUCUCAGAAGCCAAGGACUUGGGCCCCUACAAAUGCAAGACAAGUGUUUUCAACUGUACCAAGAAUGGGACAUACAGUCAGGAGCUCAAGUUCACAGUUAUGAUGAAGCUUCCAGAAGACUCUUGUCCCUUAUGCCUGCGGCUGCUGCUGCCCGGGUUACUCCUGCUGCUGUCACUGGCUGUGGUCCUAAUGCUGCUGUUUUGGAUUCGACGAAAACACAAAGCAAGAAAAGCUGAGAGAGAGAAUGCGCUCGUGGACCAGGAAACUACCCCCGAGGAAACCGACAUAUACGUAAAUGUCUGUAAGCCUCCAGCAGGGACUGGACCCUCCCCGGAGAUACAUUACGCCACCCCCAACUUCCACGCGUUGGAAACAGAAAGGCAAGAGACCUAUGAUUAUUGUACAGCUGAGUAUAUCUAUUUAAAUAUAAUGACGCAAAGAGCAGGCACUUAGCCAAGCUCUCGGGAUGCCCCACAUCAGUUCCAGGCUCUAGCUCCUGACUCCGUUUCCUGCCAGUGUGGAUCCUGAGAGGCAGUGGUGAUGGCUCGAGUAAUUGGGCCCCUGCCACCCUCACGGGAGCCCUGACCCAGCCUUGGCUAAUGCAGGCAUUUGUGUAGCGAACCAGUGAAUGAAAGAUCUGUCUCCCAAAUUAAAAAAAAUAAAUUAAUAAGUUAAUUUAAAGAAACAGACUACAUCGUAUGGUCAGAUGCUUCUUAUGAAGGUGACUUACAUGAAGAAAAAGCAAACGUGUUUGACACUUUAAAAUGUGCAAUCCCGGAGCCGGCGCUGUGACGUAGUGGGUAACGCCGGCUCCCCACGUGGGCGCUAACACACCUGGGAAGGCAAUGGAAGGUGGUCCAAGAGCUUCGGCCCCUGCACCUCACCCAUAUGAGAGACCCGGAAGAAGCUCCUGGCUCCUAGCUUCUGCUCGGGCCGGCCCCGGCAGAUGUGACCGUUUGGGGAGUGAACCAGUGGAUGGAAGACCUCUCUCUCUCUCUCUCUCUGUCUCUCCUUCUCUCUCUGUAACUCUGCCUUUCAAAUAAAUAAAUAAAUAAAUAAAUAAAUAAAUAAAUAAAGCAAGCAAGCAAGCAAGCAAUGUUUAGGCCACUGUGUUGUUCAACAGCGCCUCCUAGAGGCAGUACCGUGAUCAGGUUUCCUGCUGCUCUGAAUGCCACCAGGGGAGCAUCCACUCCAGCUGUCAGAGCAGACACCACUGAGGUGUCUCCGCCGGUGCCUCCGCCCCAAUGCACUUGAAUGCAGCCUCCCCUAACAAAGUCGCACUAACUCGCUUCCUGCUCUGAGCAGUCUCUCUCCUCAAUAUGGCGCACAGAUCCUGGUAUCAAGCAGAUAUUUCCCAUAACCCAACAGUGUCCAAUAGAAAUAGAAUGAGCCCACAACGGCACUUUAACAUUGUUCUAGUCGUCACAAUUUUAAAACGUGAAAAUAAACAGGUGACGUUACUUGGACUCAUCCAUUUUAUUUAACCCAGUAUGAGCAUAUCCAAGAUUUCUGUGUGCCACUAGCCCUGUUUCACCCGGAAGGCCGCAUUGCUUCUGACUAUGUUGGAGCACUCAGCCGUGGACCCCCUGGGGCUCUAGCUUCAAGGAGCCAUCAGCAGGCAGGACCAGCGCCAGGUGUCUUUGACAUGACCCCACGCCUGGAUACCCGAUCCAAUCUCCUGUCUCCCACCCACGAGUCUCAGCCCCACUUCCCAGUUGCUCCCCCGCUCCUGGCAAAGGCACAGCCCUCUGUAGACAGGCCAUGUCUUGGAUGGCAGGGAUCGUCCUAAUCCGCCUGGCAAGGGGAGAAGGGUUGGAGCUGAAAGACAACCAGCCAAGUACUGGGUAGCAAAUCGAGUGCUGGCUGCAGGGCGGCGGCGGGAAGAGAAGCGACUGCCUCUUGGUACAGAGCCUCUGUCUGGGAAGAGGAAAAGAAUUCGGCAGACGGGCGGCGGUAAUGGCUGCACAACCACGUGCAUAUUUAAUGAGUUACAGUGGUAAAUUUUACGGUACCUAUGUUUGACCAUGAUACCAACAACAAAGUACAAUGAAGCACCUGCCACCCUGUGAGGCUCUCUGACCGGGGGGGAACAAGGCCACUUCUGCGGGCCUGGAGGACCCAGGGAGCCAGCGGGUUUAAGGCUCCAAGGCCAAGGCCGACCCCUUCCCGGCCAGCACCCCUGAACUUGAGCCUCUCAGUUUUCACUCCGGUUCUUGCCUCCCACAGAGGAAAGAAUUCUGAGUGGAGACGAGCAACAGGUCAGGGAAUAAAUACAUUCCCACAUCAGGGUGGGCCGUGCACAAGGAGAAACUGCACAGUGGGCCAGGGGGCUGCCUGUGAGACACAGAGUGGUACCUCCAAGUGCAGUCUGUCGCAAGAAGAGGCCUCUCCCCCAGGCUCAGCCUCUUUUAUGAUGAACCACCAGGGUGGGGUCUGCGUGCACCCUGGUCCUGGAAGAGACAGGUGCACCCUGGGAAGGCGGGCAGCGCAAGCCGACUGUUAAAGAGAUAGGGUUU